CGUGAACCAGUUUGCUUUCUGGAUAAGACAGCACCGCGCAUGGCCCAGCUAUUCAUUCGCACCCGCAGUCUUGGCUCUUGCAGCAUUUCUCCACGUUAUCACGCUCAACGACAUACGAAAGAAACCGUCCAUUCUCGUCCCGGGCACGACUUGUUCAGCAUUUACCAGCAGUAUCUGUCCUUCUGCGCACUUCUCUACAUACCUUAGACUACCAACAAUAAUAGACACAACAACAGUCAUGGCAGGAAACGACACCACCAUGUCCCCUGCUCCAGCCUCGGUCACAUCUACCACAAGCCAAUUCAUCCCCGCCCCGCUCCGGCCCUCGCACAUCCACCACCCGACACGAUCAGUGUUCCUCGCGGGCUCCACGUCCUCCUCGCUCCCGGGGCCCUCGUCCGACUGGCGCGCGAGCCUCGCCUCGUCGCUGGCCAAUUACCAAGUGACAAUCUUCGACCCGGCGCGCCCAGACUGGGACGCGAGCUGGCGCGAGUCUGCCGACUUUGCGCCCUGGAAGGAACAGGUGCAGUGGGAGCUGGACAUGCAGGAGGCGGCGGCCGCCGUGGUGGUGUGGUUUGCCCGGGACACCAAGGCCCCUGUCAGCCUCCUGGAGCUGGGCCUCGUGGCGAGGCAGCGUGCGGCAGGGGACGGCGAGGGGGCGAGGAGGAGCAAGGCGGUGGUUGUGUGCGAGGAAGGGUUCUGGAAGGAGGGGAAUGUGAGGAUGGUGUGUGAGCGGUUUGGCGUCGAGGUUGUGGACGGGGUGGGGGAGCUUGUGGGCUGUUUGAAGGAGAGGUUUGGGCUGGUGUAAGUUGUCGAUUUGAUGAUACUGGUUUGGUAGCACUGUGGAACAGUGGGGAGCAAGACAGUUUACAAUCAUCUCAUUCAUGAAGGCGCUGUCACGCAAGGGAACACUGGCGCAAUGUCCCUCUCAGCAUUUCUAGAUGCAAAUGGUUGCCAAUGAGGGUAUCGUCGCG